CAUUAUAAAGUCAACCAGGUCAGUCCAUCAGUUGGCGUCAGUUAUCGGCGCGUGCGCUUGUGUCACAUGUUAGAUAGUGUAUCAAUUUGUGCGUUUGUGUAAAUAAAAAUUUUGCAUUCUAACAUGGAAUCAUUUACUACAGAAUGUGUGUAUAAAAAUAGUGGAGUAAUAACUGUUUAUUUCAUUCAAGGAAAAUACAGGAUAGAAUCUCUGUCUGGUGCAACGUUCUCCGGCGCUCUAGAAGUAAUCCGAGUAGCCUUUUGCCAGGAUGAAUCUGUGUGUAUAGGAUGCGAAGUUAACGAAAACCCAGUGGCUAUUGAGGAAUUACUGGAAUUAUGCGCAGACGCAGCAUUAGACGCCGUAUCUUUGGUUGCUGUAGAAAUUGAAACUGGUGAAGUAGUAGCCGUCGCUUUCAAUAAAAUCCAGGUAGCGGCUACAGAUACUUCAGAACGAGCAUUCUUUGAAACCUUCGCUAAAGAGCGAUGUACACAAGGGCCCUCUCGCUCACUGGUAGAAUUCAUGGCUGAUGUGGAUGCAAGAUGCAAUCUUUUUGAGAAAUAUGCAGUUGACUGCAGUUUGGAAAUAAUGUUUCUGGCAACAAAACGGGAACAUAGACGGCGAAAACUUGCACAGUUGCUUUGUAAAGUUGCUUUGGAUUUAGCAAAGAAACUAAAAGAUGGACCUGUUUCGAAAAUUACGUUAGAAGAACUGGGGUCAAAGUAUUCCAUGUUAAAACCACGCAGCCCCACAACCAAGUAUCCGAAGAUCUGCCAAGCUAUUUGGACAUCGGAGGGUACCCAACGAAUAGGAAAAAAUUUAAACUUCAUAGUCCAUUUAACGGUUCCAUUUAAAGAGUUUAUGUAUGAAGGCAAAAGUUACGCUGAAAGAAUAGGUUCGGUACCGUCAUUUUGUGAAGUUGUAGCAAAACCUCUUUAUUAAUAUACUGUUUGUUCUAGCGACGGCGGAUUUUUAUAUUUAUGUGAUAAUUACCACCGUAAAAUGUAAAUGUGUUUGAUAAAGUUGUCCCGCGUCCAAUUUUAUUAAAACCUGUCUAGAAAAUUUUGUGUGAUGCAUGUAGCGACACGGUUCAAAUAAAGUUUUAUUGCAUGUAUUUAUAGAUAUAACUAGAUGUAAAUUUAAACUAUGUGAUAUUUGGUAUUUGUAAUAAAGUAUUUCUUUUUA